AUGAGGAAGGAGGUGUGCUGGACAGGAGGAAUAGAAGAGAAGAGGACCGAGGGGGGAAUGAAGAAGAAAAGGAUAUCUCGCAAACUUGCAUCCUUGGACACGAUUUCGUGUAGCCAGUCAACUUGA